GCCGAAGUUGGGGGGGGUGGGGCGCCCGGUGCGCGGGGUGGGGGGGGGGUCUUGGUCUUUGGCUUCUCAACUCGGUCCUGAUUCGACAGCGAACAUGUCUCGGCCUGUCAGAAAUAGGAAGGUCGUUGAUUAUUCACAGUUUCAGGAAUCUGAUGAUGCUGAUGAAGAUUAUGGAAGAGAUUCGGGCCCUCCUGCUAAGAAAAUUCGAUCAUCUCCUCGAGAAGCUAAAAAUAAGAGGCGAUCUGGAAAGAAUUCACAGGAAGACAGUGAAGACUCAGAAGAAAAAGAUGUGAAGACCAAGAAGGAUGAUUCUCACUCAGCAGAGGACAGUGAAGAUGAAAAAGAAGAUCAUAAAAACGUGCGCCAGCAACGGCAGGCAGCCUCCAAAGCGGCGUCUAAACAGAGAGAGAUGCUCAUGGAAGAUGUGGGCAGUGAAGAAGAACCAGAAGAAGAGGAUGAGGCACCAUUCCAGGAGAAAGAUUCCGGCAGUGAUGAAGAUUUUCUAAUGGAAGAUGAUGAUGAUAGUGACUAUGGCAGUUCAAAAAAGAAAAACAAAAAGAUGGUUAAGAAGUCCAAACCUGAGAGAAAAGAAAAGAAAAUGCCCAAACCCAGGCUAAAGGCUACAGUGACGCCAAGCCCUGUGAAAGGCAAAGGGAAAGUGGGUCGCCCCACAGCUUCAAAGGCAUCAAAGGAAAAGACUCCUUCUCCCAAAGAAGACGACGAGGAACCAGAAAGCCCCCCAGAGAAGAAGACAUCUGCCAGCCCCGCGCCCGAGAAGUCUGGGGAUGAAGGGUCUGAAGAUGAAGCCCCGUCUGGGGAGGAUUAAAAGUGAUGAUGGUUUGGGAGAGAUUUUAUUUAAAAAACAAAAAACAAAAAAAAGGAAAAAAGAAAACGGGGAAAAAAGAAAACCUACAUAAGAUAGAACAUGGUUUUGGCUAUGGCUUGACUCAUGGGCUUUCAACGCUUUUUUUCCUUUUGUUGAAAAUAACAUCUUCUCUCUUUUUUAAAAAAAUUUUUUUAAUUAAGAAAACCAUUGUAUGUUUAAUUUACUUUUUUGUCUAUUGGUCUUUUCUUUGCCACCACCCUCUCCUCCCUCGCUUUUUCAAUGAAAGCUGUGUCAAAUUAAUCACUGGAUCAACUGCUUCAUCUUUUUAUUUUUAAUGGAUGGCAUACCACAGUUGUAAAGCAAUAAGAUUUGAGAUGAACACUAUGGAAAUGUUGCUUUUUGCUAGACAGUAGCAAGUUGAGCAGUAAUCAAAAAACAUUAGAAGGGUUUUGGUUCAAAACGAUUGCCUCUUUCUCUACUUAGACUUUUUAAAAAAUCAAUUGUCAAGUUUAUUUUUUACCUUGGGGCAGGGCAGGGAGUAGGUUACCUGACCUUGUUUGAGGGUGUGGGUUUUUUGUGGGGUUUUUUUGUUGUUGUUUUGUUUUUGUUUUUUUGUUGUUUUUUAUUUCAUUUCAUCACUUGUUAUCUCAAAGAGAUUCAGAGCCAGUGACCCUUUUAUCCUGCUACAGUCUUUAAGAAAUUUAAAAAACAAAAACAAACAAAACAAAAAAACAAGGGCCUCUAAAACUUAAAUCAUGCUCAGUUUCCUACUUGAUUCUCUAAUGGUUCAUGUUUUAAAAUCUGUGUAUAUCCUGUUUCUUGGAUAAAAUUUUGCCAAGGAUAAAAAAAACGAACAAACCUAGAAUUUAAAUGGCAAGUCUAUAUUAUCACAGUGGAUUUCUUCUCAAACUGACAAUGUUUAGGUUUUAAGCAAAUAAAAUACCAGUUAAUGUGAAACUCA